AUGGACCCCUCUCAAGUCGACGUACCUCCUCUUAAGGAUCUUACCAUCGACAACAUAACCGACAAUGUGAAGCUGAUAAACUCGAAUUGCCCUAAUCCACGCAUGAAAUACAUCCUUGAGCGCAUUGUCCAGCAUCUACACGAUUUCGCGAGAGAGACACGUCUGUCCCACGAUGAAUGGAUGACAGGAUUGCUGUUCCUCACAGCAGUUGGCCAAAUCUGUACAGACGUCAGACAGGAAUUUAUCCUUCUUUCUGAUAUCCUCGGUCUUUCUCUACUAGUUGACAGUAUUGAUCAUCCGAAACCUCCCGCGAGCACCGAAGGAACUGUUCUAGGCCCAUUCCAUUCCCACGAGGCUCAGAGCGAGCCCAAUGGUGCUCUCAUAGCUCAUGAUCCGAAUGGCGAGCCAUGCUUGGUACUUUGCACCAUCAAAGACACCGAUGGCAAACCUGUUGAAGGUGUCAAAAUCGACAUCUGGGAGACUGAUUCUGGUGGGAAGUAUGACGUCCAGUAUCCCGGAAGAGAAGGCCCAGAUCAGAGAGCAGUGAUGCACAGCGACAAGGAUGGUGUCUUUUGGUUCAAGGCUAUCGUUCCUGUCCCAUAUCCAAUUCCCAAUGACGGGCCAGUUGGUAAAUUGCUCAAGCUGCUGAACAGGCAUUGCUAUCGGCCUAGCCACAUGCACUUUAUGUUCGAAAAGGAGGGUUUCGAUCAUCUCAUCACGGCAUUGUAUCUUCGUGGAGAUCCGUACGAGACUUCCGAUGCUGUGUUCGGAGUUAAAGAGUCGCUUCUCAUCGAUCUGGGAACCGUAAACGCAGAGCAGGCUUCGACAUAUGGUGUGAAGGAGGGUAGUAAGCUGAUGACCUACGACUUCGUGUUGGUCACCGAGGAGGACUCUCGUAAACUCCGGGAGAAGAACGCUAUGGAUGCUAUGAAGCAAUUGGGAAGGACGAUGAAGCUGUGGAAUGGGCUUCCGGUCCCUGAUGUUGAUUGA